CGGGGGCGGGGGCGCACGUGCGGCGGCGCGCGCGGGGUCGCUUCCGGGGUGCGGGAGGCGGGUGGCCCCGGAGUCGGGGUUUGGGGGCCGGCCUGGGCCUGCGCUCGCUGGGCAGAGCUCGGCUCCGGGCCCGGGCUGCGGGGUCCGGUCGCGGUCUAGCGUCGGGCCCCGGGGGCCGCGGACGGCGGCGGCGGCAUGGCCAAGGCGCUGACCCGCAGGCGCGCCCCGGGCGACCCCCUGGCCGAGCCGGGGCCUGGACACAAGCCCCCUCGGAGGAGGAGCAGGAAGAGGAGCCUCCGGAGGAGCAAAGGGCGGGAAGCGGGCAGGACGCCGGGAGGCGGCCCCGGGGACGUCGUGGCGCGGCCUCCGAAGGCGCCGGAGGACUUUUCCCGAAACUGGCGGGCGCUGCGGGAGCUCCUGAAACGAAAAACCCAGGCCCCGGAAAAGCCUCUUAUCUCUCAGACGGAAUCCAAAAAGCAGCCCAGGAUUGUCGCACAGAAGAGAAAAGCAGUCCCCGAUGCGGCACGGAGACGUGAGAUGGGGUUGGAGACCGCAGACGCCGAGGCCGUCGCCGCCUCUGGCCCCUCAGGAUCUCCGAGGAACAGGAAGAUGCCGGCACCUCCCACACAGGCCAGCGGAGCAGAGCACAGCAAGACAGGAGCCGGCAAAAGGACAGACGGCAGCAUUUCUCCAGGAGGAGGAGACCUCAAGCAUAAGAAGCGGAAAGCUAAGGAGCUGACUUUGGCCUUGCCUCCGGCCCUGCCCACGGAAGAAGACAUUUGGUUUGAUGACGUGGACCCGGCGGAUAUCGAAGCGGCCCUGGGCCCCGAGGCGGCCAGGAUAGCAAGAAAGCGGCUGGGGCAGAGCGUGAGCAGCAUCUCGCUGGUGAAGGAGCAAGGCUUCGGCGGCCUGACUAGAGCCUUAGCCAUGGAUUGUGAGAUGGUGGGCGUGGGCCCCAAGGGGGAGGAGAGCAUCGCCGCCCGAGUGUCCGUUGUGAACCAGUGCGGGAAGUGUGUCUAUGACAAGUACGUCAAGCCCAGCCAGCCGGUGACGGACUACAGGACGGCGGUCAGCGGGAUACGGCCGGAGAGCCUCGCGCAGGGAGAAAGGCUGGAAGUCAUUCAGCAGGAAGUGGCUGACUUGCUGAAGGGCCGGAUCCUGGUCGGACACGCGCUGCACAACGACCUGAAGGUGCUGUUUCUCGACCACCCCAAGAAGACGACUCGGGACACUCAGAAAUACAAACCGUUCAGGAGUCACGUGAAGAGUGGAAGGCCGUCUCUGAAGCUGCUUGCAGAGAAGCUCCUGGGGAUCAGGGUGCAGGAGGCUGAGCACUGUUCGAUUCAGGAUGCCCAGACAGCAAUGAGACUGUACAUCCUGGUGAAGAAGGAGUGGGAGAGGACAGCCCAGGACAGGCGCCCAGCAGCCCCCACCCCAGACGGUGGCCGCGUCUCCGUCCGCAAGCGGUCGUGACCAAACAUGGGACAACUCGGGCCUGCCCAGAGCGGCAUCUCGGUCGAAACUCAUGCUCCGUCCUGGUGGCAGGUCGCGGGCUGCUGCUGAGAACUGCUGCUUCCCUCGGAGUUUGUAGUCUGAGAGCAGGUGCCCCUCCCCGCACCCAGGGGGCCGGGCAGCGUGGGCAGGAGUGUCUGUCCCAGGCGGUGGCAGGUGGGGACGGACAAGGAGGGGCACCUGGAGCUCUGGCAGGACGGGGAUGGGGCCGCCUGCACCAUGCUGUCACCGCAGCUUGGUGGCAGCUUUGCUGGGGAUGUGCCAGGUCCCGGGCAUGGAAAGUACCCGGUUGUCUGCGGGGUUGUCCGCGCCUUCCUUGGCUGGGGGGAGGGCGCACUCCUUCCUCUGCCUUGAGUCACGGAAAGGGCACUGGCCUCGCGGGCCCGGCCCCAUCUGGGGCUUAGCUGUGGCUGAGGAUUUCUGAGGCCGCCAUUCCUCCGUCAGCCCCCGCCCCCACCCCACCUAUACUCCCCCCGAGUUUAAGGGCAGGGCCCAAGCUGCGGUGGUGAGGCUCAGGUUGUCUGAGCUCGGCGACGGCGGUCACUCCCAGAAGUCGGGGCCUCUCCCCUUCUGAGACGGACGUGCUGAGCCCCGGCUGUUGGACUGGAGCCUCGUGUGGGUUUGGCCCAGGAGUGAGAGCAGCCGGGAGCUGGGGGUUGCACUCAGUGCCCAAAGCGCCAGACUUGACCAAGCCGCCUGACUGCUGCCCGAGGAAGACCCAAGCCCGCAGAGGGUACUGAACAUGAAUACAGGUUUUUACUGGA